CCCGGGGCUCGCAGGAGCGCCGAGCCGAGUCUGGGGCUCUCCGAGGACCGGAGCAGCUGUGCCGUGAGCACUGGGAAAGUCCCCUCUUUGCUUCUCAUAAAUUAAGUUCUUUUCCACCAGUUAGGGCAAGUCAGCUAAGAUGACCUUUUGCUUGGGAUAAUACCAGGUGUUUGAUAAGAGUUAAACAUCAUUUAUCUAUAUCUUGCAUUACCCUGCGAUAAUGAAGUAGAAAAUGGUGGUCGGUGUUCACUUACUGUGAAGAUUUGGAAUCAGACAACUACAGCUUUGAUUCUCCAAGUGUUUCAGGAUGUAAAUGUAGUCUGACCUUUCCCUGAUGGGCAGUUAAAUCAUGGACACGCUAAACAGUUUGCUUUGGACUGUCCUUUCAAAAGAUGCUCUGGCUUCUCUCUUGAAUGCGCACUAAGCAUUUAUAACUGACAAGGAAAAGAAAGGAGACUGUGAACUGGAAAGCUAUCUUACAAUGAAAAUUACGAGCACAUCUUGCAUCUGUCCAGUCCUAGUGUGUCUGUGUUUUGUGCAGAGGUGUCACGGAACUGCUCACCACGGCUCCAUCAAGGUGACCAGGAACCAGACCAAACAUAUUGAAGGAGAGACCGAAGUCCACCAUCGUCCCAAAAGGGGAUGGGUUUGGAAUCAGUUCUUUGUUUUAGAAGAACAUAUGGGACCAGAUCCUCAGUAUGUUGGAAAACUGCACUCCAAUUCUGACAAAGGCGAUGGGUCUGUCAAGUACAUCCUUACUGGAGAAGGUGCUGGGACUAUAUUUAUCAUUGAUGAUACCACCGGUGACAUCCACUCAACGAAAAGCCUAGACAGAGAGCAGAAGACCCACUAUGUGCUUCAUGCCCAGGCUAUUGACAGACGAACAAACAAGCCUCUUGAACCCGAAUCCGAGUUCAUAAUCAAAGUACAAGACAUCAAUGAUAAUGCUCCAAAGUUCACAGAUGGACCAUACAUCGUUACUGUGCCUGAAAUGUCAGAUAUGGGUACCUCUGUUCUACAGGUGACAGCUACUGAUGCAGAUGACCCUACCUAUGGAAACAGUGCCCGCGUGGUUUACAGUAUUCUCCAGGGACAACCCUACUUCUCUGUAGAUCCUAAAACAGGAGUUAUUAGAACUGCCUUACAUAAUAUGGACAGAGAAGCCAGAGAACACUAUUCAGUGGUCAUUCAAGCCAAAGACAUGGCUGGACAAGUUGGAGGGCUUUCUGGAUCUACAACAGUCAACAUCACCCUGACUGAUGUCAAUGACAACCCCCCACGGUUUCCUCAGAAGCACUAUCAACUGUAUGUUCCUGAGUCAGCUCAAGUUGGUUCAGCUGUUGGGAAAAUCAAAGCAAAUGAUGCAGACACUGGUUCAAAUGCUGACAUGACAUACUCUAUCAUUAAUGGUGAUGGUAUUGGGAUAUUCUCCAUCUCCACGGACAAGGAGACCAGAGAAGGGAUACUUUCUUUAAAGAAGCCACUGAACUAUGAGAAAAAGAAGUCAUAUACUCUCACCAUAGAAGGAGCAAAUACACAUCUUGAUUUCCGCUUUUCUCAUUUGGGUCCUUUUAAAGAUGCUACCAUGUUGAAGAUCAUUGUUGGAGAUGUGGAUGAACCACCACUCUUUUCCAUGCCUUCCUAUGUCAUGGAAGUCUAUGAAAAUGCCAAAAUCGGGACUGUUGUUGGCACAGUUUUGGCAGAAGAUCCUGACAGUGAUAAUAGCUUAGUAAGGUACUUCAUUGACUACAGUGCUGAAGAUGACAGAUGUUUCAAUAUUGAUGUCAAUACAGGAACCAUUAGGACUACAAAGGUCCUUGAUAGAGAAGAAACUUCAUGGUACAACAUCACAGUUGCUGCUUCAGAAAAUGACAAUCCUGGUUUGCUGAGCCAUGUCACAGUGGGUAUUAGAGUUCUGGAUGUCAAUGACAAUCCACCCGAACUUGCCAGGGAAUAUGAUAUCGUUGUCUGUGAAAAUUCAAAACCUGGCCAGGUGAUUCAUACCAUCAGUGCCACUGAUAAAGAUGAUUUUGCAAAUGGACCAAGGUUUAACUUCUUUCUUGAUGAACACCUAUCUAUAAACCCAAACUUCACUCUGAAGGACAAUGAAGAUAACACAGCCAGCAUUCUGACAAGGCGGAGGAGAUUUAGUCGAACUAUUCAGGAUGUGUAUUAUCUCCCCAUUAUGAUCUCUGAUGGUGGAAUCCCCUCUCUCAGCAGCAGCAGUACCCUCACCGUCAGGGUUUGUGCAUGCGAGAGAGAUGGGCGCGUGCGGACCUGCCAUGCGGAAGCGUUCCUGUCCUCGGCUGGCUUGAGUACAGGGGCCUUAAUCGCUAUUCUGCUAUGUGUUGUCAUUCUCCUAGCAAUUGUAGUACUUUUUAUCACCUUGAGACGCAGCAAAAAAGAGCCCCUAAUCAUCUCUGAGGAGGACGUGAGGGAGAAUGUGGUCACCUACGACGAUGAGGGUGGCGGUGAGGAAGACACCGAGGCCUUUGACAUCACAGCCUUGAGGAAUCCAUCUGCCGCCGAGGAGCUCAAGUAUCGGAGAGAUAUCAGACCCGAAGUGAAACUCACCCCCAGACACCAGACACUGUCCACCCUGGAAAGCAUAGAUGUUCAGGAAUUUAUUAGGCAAAAACUGGCAGAAGCCGAUCUAGACCCCAGUGUCCCCCCUUAUGACUCUCUUCAGACUUAUGCCUAUGAAGGUCAGAGAUCGGAGGCUGGGUCCAUCAGCUCACUGGAUUCGGCAACCACACAAUCAGACCAGGAUUAUCACUACCUUGGAGAAUGGGGACCCGAAUUUAAAAAGUUAGCUGAACUCUAUGGAGAAAUAGAAUCUGAAAGAACAACUUAGGGGGUUAAUUCUUGCAACCUUCUAGAACUUGCUUCCUGAGCAAGUGGAGACAUAACCUCAGCAAUGGCAAGGAAGAAGAGUGGAGAUAGUACUUGGAACUGAGCAAGCUGUACACAGCUACUGUAGAAACAAGUGCCCUUUUCAUGAUCGAAACUGGGUUAUUUAAUCAGAAGACAGUCAAAUUAAAAAAAUUCAGAGAAAAAGCUAUUGUUCCUUGUGUAUAUUUUCAAUUGCUCAAUAAAGUCUGUGGUACUGUUUAAUUAAGAAUACCUGAAUUAAGCCAAACAAUGAUAUUUGUUUCAAUAUUUUGUGAUUUCUUUUCAAAAAGCAAAACUAAACAGAAAGAUUCAAAAUCACUUAUGACUAGGGGUGGUACACUAGGAAAUGAAACUUGUGCAGGUAAUCGGGACCUCCUUUUCCACUUUUCUGUGUGGACUCUUGAGACCCACACUCUGUUAUUGUGACAGAUCUUAUUAGCAUUGUCUUGUGUUCAAAUGACAUGAGGUAUAUCCAGUAUACCAGGUCAUUCCAUCAUGGACUUGUAUGUACCAUUUUUCUUUGCCCUCCCCACUUCUUUUCUCCAUACAAAAUUGAUGGAGCAUGGGGAUUUGCUGCUUGCACUAUAAUGUAUGCAACUUCUGUGCACACAUUGUGCACUGCUCUGAAGUACAGAGACCAUCAUCUCUGUCCUGCCUGCCCUCCUUUCUUUUAACAAAAGACCCCCCCUUUUUUAUGGAUAGAAUGAAUGGUUUAAGUAAGAUAUAUUCAGAUAAUCUGAUAUGUCAGGGAAAGCUUUAAUUUGAAAAAUAGUCACAAACCUUAUCCUGUAUAAAACAUUGGAAAAUGCAAUGAUUUAUUCCAUUCCAUCUGUUUUAAGACAUUUACAUCAGCAGUUUUGAUCCUGCCAAUACGUAAAACUAGUUGUUGGACAUUUUGAUGGUUGGUUUAUACUUCAGUCUAAUUUGCUUACUUAUAAAACAUGAGUAGUCAUCGAAAAUAUGUACCUCACAUGAUAACAAUGUAAUCUGAAAAGAUGAUACUCCAAUUUACAUAAAUCUUGUAGACCUUGGAUUGUCUUACCUUUAUUCCUUUACACAGGUUCAGAUUGUCCCCAUCUCACUGACUGCUUAGCCCUUAUCUGUUUGGGAUCUACAGGAAAAUAUAUAAAACUGAAGCAAAAAAAAUAAAUAAAUAGAGAUUCACACAUUAUCCUUGGAAACGUGCCUCAAAGUCUCUGAGCUUCAAGGUCCCAAACCACAAAAUAGAGAUGGCAAAGACUCCCCGCCUGUCUCACAGGGUCGUGUGAGGAUCAAGAAGCAUCUGUAAAAAUGCUUUGCCAACUGCAAAGUGUUCUGUUAUGUAAAGGCUUGCAGACACUAUCUAAUUUUCUAAUUCUGUUAGCUUACAAAUAUAUAGUUACAUACAUUUUGAAUAAAGUAUAUUAUCAUGAGAGAAUUUCAUAAAACAUUCAACACUGUAGCAACUGCUAACUAAACAUAAUACACAAGUUUAAUUAUUUUGAUAUUUUCCCAAAUAAACUAAUUUUCUUCAAAUUUCUUGUUUUUUUUUUUUUUCCUAACUUGCUGUUGUUGCUAUUGGUCUUAAAAUAAGCAUAAUGGUCCUAUUCUCCAAAAUUACCAUAUUUAUGUAUUUCAGAUAGAUUGGAAUUUUGAAACCCACAAAUUAAGAAUUAUCUCAAGGAGGAAUUUUUCCUUUACUCUUUGAAUUUCUCAUAAUCAGGUGUCCUCAAAUGUUCAUGGAAUUUUCUGUCUGAUUCCACCCAUGUGCAAAAUUUUAAAUUUCGCCUCUGUUUGCAAUUGCCCUAUGCUAUCAUAUUUCAGUUUUGAGGUAUGGGAAGUAAGUAAGCCUAACUUGAAUAAUUCUCAACAUGUGUUCUAAGCCUGAGGAAUAAAAUUUAAUUUGAGUUUUUUACCACAUUGUAGCUUUCCAGAUGCUGCUUUAUCAUUUUUUUAUAUCAUAAUGGUAUGCAUUGCAGUAUAAAGCUGUAUCAGAAAAAACACUCAGGGGUUUUGGGGAAUAACCUCUGGAGACACAUACUCUGAUUAUACUAAUGGUGGACCACAUUCACCCUGAAAUAAGGGUACACCUUUGGAGAACUACUGUGGUUGCUGGUGUUAGGACUUUCCUAUGCAAAGAGGAGCAGGAAGGUCAGGUUUGGGAAUUCUGUUACAUUAGGCUUUGAAUUUAUAUUUUAGGUAAACUAUUCAUGGCUUUUAUUUUAUUUUGUUUGGUUUGGUUUAUUUUGUUAAUAUUCACCUGGUAACCUUACAGAUGAGGGCUUGAAAGCUGAAAAUGUAUGUGUACAUUUUUAACAAUUUACAUAAAAGCCAAGGUCCUCUGCAUGGUUUUGAGUAUGAAAAUAUUUCCCUUAUUAUAUGAAAAAAGCACCUCAAAUCCAUCUAAUUUUAAUUAUACAUUAUAAUGAUAAUGGAUUAUUUCUAAGCCCCUAAUGUUAAAUAUAAUAUGGAGGCAAAAUGGAGCUUCUGUAGUCCUGAAAUACGUUUCUGUGUUGAUUUAUCCUAGAAUUUUGUUAACGAAAGCAUUCCAAGUGUUUUAUUUUAUAUGAACUCUGAAACUAGGCAAUUAUAUUGUUAUUAUAAAUAUGGAUUAAAUCUCAUUUUUAAAGUUCUGCUACUUUGAGUCAAGAAAAAAACCAUAAUGAUAUAUAAAUGUUCUGUAAAUAGAUUGAAGUCAUCUUAAUAUCUUGCUUUAAGAACUCCAGGUUGUCAGUGUUGGAAGAAAAUUCUCAAAGACUUUAGUGGGCAAAGAGUUUACUUAUCAACUCUGAGUAUUCAGUAGUCACAGAUAAUUAGCUAUGGAAUCAUAUGUGAUUCCAUAUAGAAUCAGCUAUGGAGUCACUCAUGUGUCUCAAACAACACAUUUUGUAAACCUUAGUUGAUACUUAUAGAUCUAAAUAAAAUAUAACUUUGAAAUCAACUUACCUAUUUCUAAUAAAAUAGUUUCCUACAGACCAUCCCUAUACAAAAUGGUGGCUGCUAGUUAGAGGAAAUAUAAACAAUUAUGGUAACUUUUUAUCCAAGGUGUUUUUUACGAGAAUUUAUAAAUUCCAAGUAUUCUUUGUACAAACACUGGGAAAUUAAUAGAUCUUGCAGGAAUCACUAAAGAUGUAUCAUCAGAAAGUCUUUCUAUGAUAAAUCUGUAUAAACACAGAUCUGAAGUGGAGAUUGAAGACAAAAUUAUCCUUAAAAUAAGACUCUAUAAAAAGUUAACUUGCGACUUUCUAUAACCUAGUAUAAGAAGAAAAAUAUUCUGAGAGAAAUUGCAUUUACAUAACCAUACACAAACAUGUAGAAACAUAUAUGUCUUCUUGAAAAAUAUUUGAAGAAUAAAAGAAUAUUCAAAACAGUGGCUUGGAUAUUGAUAUGAUCCAAAUACGUGGUGUAUACAAAAUUUUAGUACCUAACUUAUGAACAAUUCACCUGGAAGUUAGUGAACAGUUUUUAACCUUUAUUUUGUAUCCAGUCUCAGGCUAACCUUCAGUAUUGUCAAUGAUGAGAGCUGAUUCACAACUGUGCUUACACAGAGCAGACAAAAUUAUUAGUUAUAAAUCCAAAUUUUACAAAUGAGGAUUUAAUGGACACAGUGCAGGUAUUAAAUACUAACAAAUGCUUUGACUUAGAUAUUUUGUAUACCACAGUAUAGUCAGAGAUAUGGGUAGAAGGAGGAAGGUGU